UCCGUCUUGUAAGGUAGUUGAGAUAGAAUUCUCAGGUAGCCUAGGCUAGUGUCAGUCGGUGAAGUAGCCUACUUUGAAUUGUCUUAUUUUUUGUAACAGCAAUCUGGGAUUUGCAUCAUUCCAGGAACUGUCAUAAUUCUGAAACUUCGACACGCUGAAAAUGAUUGCGCCAGUUUUACACCACCGCCUAUCCGUUUCCUAUUAGCCUGACGAGGACAUGUAAACCGUGUUGGCGAAUGUGUUCACUGUCAACAUCUAGGCUACAUUUCCACUUGAACAGGGGGCGUUGUGAUGAAGAUCCAUGAGAAACUUUUAACUCACUACCUGUACUGCCCUUCACCUGUCGACAAAGAAGGAUAUCUCUAUAAAAAGAGGGAGCGCACCAGCUCCUACCACCGCCGUUGGUUCGUGCUAAAGGGCAACCUGCUGUUCUAUCAGGAGCGGCCCGCUGAUCGCCACUUGCUGGGCGUCAUCGUGCUGGAGGGCUGUGCGGUGCAGCUGAACCCCUUGGAGGGCCGCUGUUGCUUCUCGCUGGUGUUCACUGGCGGCCCCGGGCUUAGGACUUAUCGGCUCGCGGCCGACGACUGCCCCAGUCAGGAGAGCUGGGUGCAGGCCCUGCACGUUGCCGGCCACGCCUGCCUCUCACUGCUGGUCAAGGAGCUGGGCAGCCUGUACGAAGAAGUGAAGAGAGCCUCUGGCGAAUCUGGUCAGUCCUCCUCCGUGGCAAUCAGGCCUCUGAGCCAAUCGAUGGCCACGUUCAACUCCUAUUACGUGCAGGAUAAAGGGGCAGCCGUGAGGGACCCGUGGGCCCAAAGCAGUGGCAGCCGCACGUUCCCGGGCCCGCCAGUCAACAUGAGGACCCCCAACAAGAGAGAGCCCAAGCUGUGGCCCAAAAGAAACGCGCACGUCACCCCUCUGAACGGGCCCGUCCCCAACUACGGCGAGUGGCCUUUGGUGGGAUCGGACACGUUGGAGGACUUCGGCAAACUGCACGAGUACUUUGGCAGCGAGAUCAGGCAGCUGAGGGCGGACUGGCUAAAGAGGAAACAUGAGGAGAUGGGUCACAUCGAGGAGGAUCUGAUCGAUCUGGGAUAAGUACAUACUGUAUGGAGGACGAGGAUCACAGCACACAGUAUUAGCAGCCGACCAGCUGCUCCCUUCUCCUUGUUGUCACGUAGCCUGCUCAAUUUUGUGUUUUAUAUCUUUCGAUCUUUAAUCAUGGAAGCACUACGGUUGUGUUUUAAGAUGAAGAGAUUUUGAGUUGCUGUUGUAAUUAUGUUUUACAUGUUCUAAUGCUCAGGUGUCUACACUAUGAAAUCAGAGCAUCUUGUGUGAGGAAAAAGACAAGGAUUAAGAUAUGCAUGCAUUAUCACUGGGGUCAGUUAUGGAUCAGUUGUGGAGUGGUUGUGCAGUAGUUAUGGGGUCAUUUUAAAAGAGUGUGAGUGAGUGUGUACAUGGCUCUGAGAAGGAAAGAAGAGGAGAAGAGAGCAGUAGAUUCUUGCUGCCCAAGAGUCAGAGAUGUCUUCAAUAAUUCAGAGUCCCUGUCCAAACAGGCCUGCCCUUAACGGAACUAUUCUCUUAUUAACUUUCCCCUUGCUAGAGACUUUUUCCAUCUUUUCUUUCCCUGGUAGCCAUAAAGAAUUAUCUUCUGCUGUCCACUGCUAAUGACCACAGAAUGUAUGCACACUUGCAAUGAAUAUGCU